CACCGGGGGCGGGCUGGGGGCGGAGCGCCGGGCGGCAGCGGCUCGGGCUCGGGCUCGGGCUGGGGCUGGGGCUGGGGCUGGGGCUCCAGCUCGGGCCCUGCACCUGUGACUCGGCGGCGCUGCUCCUCCGCUGCCCCAUGGCCCCGUCCCGGCGGCAGCUCGGCCUCCGCGCCGCCUACUCCGGCUUCGGCUCGGUGGCCGGCUUCUCCAUCUUCUUCGUCUGGACGGUGGUCUACCGACAGCCGGGGACUGCGGCGAUGGGGGGUCUCGCAGGUGUCCUGGCACUGUGGGUCUUGGUGACUCACGUGAUGUACAUGCAGGAUUACUGGAGGACCUGGCUCAGAGGGCUGCGCGGCUUCUUCUUCGUGGGUGCUCUCUUCUCAGCAGUCUCCGUUUCUGCCUUCUGCACCUUCCUGGCGUUGGCCAUCACCCAGCACCAGAGUCUCAAAGACCCAAACAGCUACUACCUCUCCUGUGUCUGGAGCUUCAUUUCCUUCAAGUGGGCCUUUCUACUCAGCCUCUACGCCCACCGCUACCGGGCUGACUUCGCGGACAUCAGCAUCCUCAGUGACUUCUAACCCAGGGAACGAGGUCACUACAGCCUGGGGGCCCUCGGGAUCUGGAUUCAGCUUCUGAGUCAUUAAGGGAGCUCGCCCCAACCCCUGGGGACGCCAGAACCAUGGCAGAGUGUAUGGGCCAGUUCAGUUUCCUAGAAAUCUGUCUGGUCCCCUUUGGGGGAAGAUAUAGAGCUGUUAAAGAGGCACUGCCAAUAUGCCCAUUCCCGGCUAGAGGGCAGCUUAGACCUUUCCAAAUGGAUCUAUUUUCUUAGCACUCUGAGGGAUCUCUGUAAGUAGGGCCAUGACAAUGAAUUCAGUGGGCAGGAUUGGAACUAUGGCUAGUGACAGGGCCUGGGACAGGUGACUUCACUGAAGCUGUGUGUGGAGGCAUCAAAGGUCUGGGCGAGUGAGGAAUCUUUAGUACAGAUCUCCAUCCCAGGCCGCCCACCCUGUUGUCUUCAAGGGUCGGGUAGCCAAAUUCAUCGGUCCUUAGGUAAGUGACAAUUGGCUCUUUCCCUGAGCAGUGUAGUUGGACAGAUUCCAGCGUCCGUCCCUCCUACCUUCCCACCCAGAAUUUGUUUCCCAUGAGGGUGCUAGCGCCAGCCAACCAUUCCCAUGUGUCGCACAUGCACACAUGACCGCGUACACCAGAGCAGCACUCCUCAGAUGAGGCUGGACUUGAGGACCACAGGAGACAUACCCCUGCACCUAGAAGAGCUUUGGGAUCCGGGGCAACCUACUGGGGGCAAGUGGGAGCUCCCCAUCUGUACUGAGCCUCCAGCCUCACACCUCACUUGCUCCACACUGCAUAAGACCACCCUCACCCUGAGCCCCUUCUCCCUGCACCAGACCCCAACUCUGACCUUUCACCUUCUCUCUCUCCUGAAGGAACCCUUCAGAGUGGACAUGGGCCCAAGGCCUUCCCUAAGUGGAGAGGGAGGGAGGGUGGGGGGCUGCUACAUGUACUCUUCUCUGGUAGGUUGCCAUUUUGCACGUCUACUCUUCCACCUGGGCACUGCCUGCCCCCAGCUCUCUGCCUUACCUGUGUCAUGGGCACUUAAGCAGAAAUAUAGCAGCCAUUUUAACCAGCCUCAGGUUUUUCUUUGGGGGUGAAGGGGUCUUGAGAGGGGACACGAGUGGCAAGGUGAGGGCUCUAGCUAUCUGAUCAGUCCCCUCAUCUCUGGUCCCUCUUGAUGUGGGGAGAUGGCUGACUGGCCCUUUGCUCUCUCAGCCCUGUCCCAGCCAGGGUUGGGAUGCCCACAGACUCACAUCCUUAAGCCAAGGUAGCUAGGAAAGGGAAUUUUUCUUUUUCUACCCCAGCCAGACUGUUUGGGGCUUGAGGGUACCUGGUGACCAGGAUGUGCAGAUUCAGAACCAGCAAGGCAAGAGCUAGCACCUCCCUCUCACGCUGGGGACACUUGUCCUGGCCUGUGGUUUGUCUCACCUGUCCUUUACAGUGCAUGCUCAAAACACGAUACUCUAGAGCAGUGGGGGACAAGAAGCGGUGUCUACUUCUAGAGCUGGUAGACGCCCGUACUGAUACGGGGGGCAAAGGCUACUGACCUCCUGGCUAGGACUUAGACCCAGGUCUGCUUCACGACCAUUUGGGGUGUCUUAGCAAACUGAAUCUGAGAUCUUGUUCCCAAAUCCCACAGGGUCCGAUGUGUAGGGCUCACUCUGGGGCCAUCGCCUAGGAUGGUGAGCAUGAAGGUUAGGAAUAAGGUUAGGUUAAGGAUAAGGGUCUGAGUGAGGCCCAGACUUGUCGCUUUUCCCAGCCCAUCACAGGAUGCUGGGUGCCCACCCACCCCACUGACAAUGUCCCACCAACCUCCAGGAGGCGUUCUCAAAGCAAAUAAAACAUAUAUUGUUCAGAA